AAGGUAGGGGCACCGAUGGUGAGAGGAGGAGCGGAGGAUGUCGUAUGGGAUUAAUGGACACACUGUGCAGGAGGAGGGAGGGGAGAUGGGCUUCUCCACGGAGGCGCGCGGUGGUGGUGCUGGUGCUGGUGGUGGGGGGUGACUGGGGGAGACCACUGUGGCAGGGGAGAGGGAGAGGAGUGGCAGGGAGGGAGGACGCCGAGUGUUUUUUUUUCUCUCGCCGUGGUGGUGACACACUGCUAGUCUGCAGAGAGACGGAGGGAGCGGGGAAAGAGGGGGGGGAGGACAGACGGGUGAAAAGCAAGACGGGGCCCAUCUUGCCAUUGAUCUUGAGGCGAUCAAGCGGAGUCGACAAGCUGAGAAGUAUUCAAGGAUGGAUCCCGGCAUACCACACCUGGAGUUUUGACAUCUGGACCUCUCAGAUGAGCCAAUCAUAUCUAACACCUCUCCCCAUGCAGAAUGUGGAUCCGACCGCCCGCUCAGACAUUGGGAAGCUGAUCUGAGACGGGAGAGACUCCGUGCAAAUCCUCCCACAGGCUGGAUCUGGAUUAUUGAUUGUUGCAUUCAUGUGGGAUCAGGUUUACGACUGGGAAAUGUCAUGCGAACAAUUCUCCAAGUCGGAUAAACAUUUAAGAAAACUUGCAGUGACGUCCCAUUGGCCCGUCUGGCCAAAGCAAGACGACAUGAAGGGGGACAUAUUUUUUCCCAGAAACUCGUAGUUUACGCUAACAUGGAGUGAGAAUAUUCAUCUAGAUUUUUCUUUUCUUCCGCCUUUGGCUUUUUGGGAAAAUAAAAAACGACAACAGAUCAAAACGAAGGCCGUCCACCUCAGACUGAACCUGGAAUCUCUGAGGGGCAUUUAAAUGCACCGUUAGCAUUUAACGGCAGGUUGGACACCUGGUUUCAGCCCUCUGGAGACGGAGGUGUGGAGAGAGCGCGAGCGAGGUGGUUGGCUGGCCGAGUCAGCUCCGAUGGGGGCCGGUUGUGACCCGGUCUGACCCCCGGUUUGACCUUGCAGUGACCUUUGACCUCUCCGGUCCUGGCUCUCCACCUGCUCUGCUGCCUGGGUUCCGGAACGCUCCGCCCUGGGGCCCAGAACGAGCCAAUCAGGAUGAAGAAGAGCCGCAGUGUGCUGUCUGUGACUGGAGAAGAGGGUAAAGACUCAGAUAUAGCAGGUGCUGGGGAGAAGGCGGAGUCGUCGCGCUACAGUCGAUCUUAUACGUCCGGAGCCACACUUGGGGCUGAGCUACGCAGAGGGAGGAGCAGAAGACUCUCAUCGAGUCUCCAGGUACCCUGCUGGCUCCGCCCUCGAGACCGCACGCGUUCACCUGAGGUCCUGAGCAACGUAUCGCGUCCAACAACCCUUCCCCUCCUCAUCCCGCCACGCAUCUCCAUCACACAAGCAGACGCUGACAGUUACGAAGCAGAAAAUGGCGUGUCACCAGGUCACACCCCUCUGGGUUCUCAGAGUCCAGGCCUCACCCUGCACACCUCCUUUCCCCAGGGUCAGAGAAGGGAGUCCUUCCUCUACCGUUCAGACUCGGACUACGACAUGUCGCCCAAGACGGUCUCACGUAACUCGUCCCUCGCCAGCGAAGGGCAGCACACAGGAGAGGACUUCAUCGUCACGCCUUUUGCUCAAGUAUUGGCCAGUCUGCGAUCAGUGCGGAGCAACUUCACCAUUCUUGCCAACGUCUCCACAACACCAGUCCAGAGGUCUCCUCUGAUUGGAGUGUGCGUCAGUCCCAGGGCGUCUCUAUCAGACCAGGAGUACCAGCAGCUCGCCCUGGACACUCUGGAGGAGCUGGACUGGUGCCUGGACCAGCUGGAGACCAUUCAGACACACCGCUCUGUCAGCGAAAUGGCCUCCAACAAGUUCAAGAGGAUGCUGAACAGAGAGCUGUCCCACCUGUCAGAGAUGAGUCGCUCAGGCAACCAGGUGUCUGAAUACAUCUCCAGCACCUUCAUGGACAAGCAGAACGACGUGGAAAUCCCGUCUCCCACCCUGAAAGACAAAUCUAUGAGUCACAUCAGCGGAGUGAAGAAACUGUCUCACAGCUCCAGCCUCUCCAGCUCCUCCAUGCCUCGCUUCGGUGUCAACACGGACCACGAGGACGAGCUCGCCAAGGAGUUGGAGGAUCUGGACAAAUGGAGUUUCAACGUAUUCAGAUUAGCAGAAUUCUCCAACAACAGGCCUCUAAGCUGCAUCAUGUACACCAUCUUCCAGGAGCGAGAGCUGUUGAAGACGUUUCGUAUCCCAGUCGACACCUUUGUCACUUAUGUGAUGACUCUGGAGGACCAUUAUCAUGGAAAUGUAGCGUACCACAACAGCCUCCAUGCUGCGGAUGUCACCCAGUCCAUUCACGUCCUCCUGUCCACACCUGCUCUUGAUGCCGUCUUCACCGACCUGGAGAUCCUCGCUGCUCUGUUCGCUGCAGCGAUCCACGAUGUAGACCACCCCGGGGUUUCCAAUCAGUUCCUCAUCAACACUAACUCUGAGCUGGCCCUCAUGUAUAACGAUGAGUCCGUUUUGGAGAACCACCACCUCGCUGUGGGCUUCAAGCUUCUGCACCAGGAACACUGUGACAUCUUCCAGAACCUCACCAAGCGACAACGUCAGAGCCUUCGCAAGCUCGUCAUCGAUAUGGUGUUGGCCACAGACAUGUCCAAACACAUGACCCUCCUGGCUGAUCUGAAGACCAUGGUGGAGACCAAGAAGGUGACCAGCUCCGGUGUGCUGCUCCUGGACAACUACACAGAACGGAUACAGGUGCUGAGGAACAUGGUGCACUGUGCAGACCUGAGCAACCCCACCAAGACGCUGCCUAUAUACAGACAGUGGACGGAGAGGAUCAUGGAGGAGUUCUUCCGACAGGGUGACAAGGAGCGAGAGAGAGGGAUGGAGAUCAGUGCCAUGUGUGACAAACACACCGCCUCCGUGGAGAAGAGCCAGGUGGGUUUCAUCGACUACAUCGUCCACCCGCUGUGGGAGACGUGGGCUGACCUGGUGCACCCAGACGCCCAGGAGCUGCUGGACACGCUGGAGGAGAACAGGGAGUGGUAUCUGAACACCAUGCCCCAGUCCCCAUCACCUCCCCCGGACAGACACCUGCAGCAUGACCACUUCCAGUUCGAACUCAGCCUGGAGGACCUGGAGCACAACAACCACAACCACAUACACCUGAGGAGCAACGGCAGGAUGAGCGCCUGUGAUGACGCGGGUGCAGACCGUACGCAGGACGAUGUAGAAACUGAGAAAGAAGACGAGGAGAAUCACAACAGCGAACAGAAUGGAGUCCAAGACGAGGAGGAGGAAGAGGAGGAGACUGGAGAAAGAGAGGGCGAAGAAGAAGAAGAAGAGGAGGAGGAGGAGAAGGAGAACGUAGAGGAGGAGGAGGAACAUGCAGAGGAAGUAGAAGAAGACCGCGAAGGAAAAACAGAUGAAGUGAACGAUGCAGAGGAGGAAGAGGAGACUAAAGAAGAGGAGGAAGAGAAUGAGCAACAUCAGGAAGGAGAUCAAGAGCAGGAAGAAGAAUUGGAAGGCAAGGACGCUGCAGAAAAUGAGGAGGCGCAGACUGAGGAAGGUGAAGGUGAGGAAACUUUGGAAAAGGUAGAAGAGGAAUUUGAAAAUGAGGAGGCAGAAGUGGAGGGAAGGAUGGAGGAGGAGGAAGAAGAAGAAGAAGAAGAAGAGGAGGCAACAAAGACUGAGGAAGGUGAAGGUGAGGAAACUUUGGAAAAGGUAGAAGAGGCAGAAGUGGAGGGAAGGAUGGAGGAGGAGGAAGAAGAAGAAGAAGAAGAGGAGGCGGCAACAAAGACUGAGGAAGGUGAAGGUGAGGAAACUUUGGAAAAGGUAGAAGAGGAAUUCGAAAAUGAGGAGGCAGAAGUGGAGGAAAAAGAGGAGGGAAGGAUGGAGGAGGAAGAAGAAGAGGAGGCGGCAACAAAGACUGAGGAAAACUUAGAACAAGAGGAAGGUGAGACAGAGGAGAAAGUGGAGGAGGAAGCAGAAAUGGAGGACAAAGCUGAGGAGGAGGUCGGAGAAACAGAAGAUAUCGAAGAGGAGAAAGGAGAGUCGGAAGAAGCAGAAGAGGAGGAGGCGCCUGUUGAGGAUGAAGCUGCAGAGGAGGAGGAAGAGGAAUGUUAAUUGGGUGUAAAAACAUACCUUAACAGGGUCAGGGGAGGAUGGAGAGUUGAAGGCUCAACUGCAGAUGUCUUAAACAAACUUGACAGCUCCCAGACGGAAAAGUACAGCACCGGAGCGUACGCCUUCCUGAUUGUUGCAGCGUCUUAAUCAACUGGUAGUGAUAGAAAGAGUUUUGCGUCUUCAUCACAGAGUAUCUGUACAUCCAUCACUGCCGUAGGGAAUAAAACGGAGGAUAAUAAAAGUGGGGAAACUGUUUUAUCGGCCUUUUGUAGCUCCUGAAAAAAAACUGAAAGGCAUACAUGCAAUUAAGUGCGAUCUCAUGGGCUACUACCCAUCGUCUCUCUUUCACCGUCUUGUUUAUUAGGAACACAAUGACCAACAACUGUUAAAAGAAUGUCAACUUCCUCUGUUUGUCAGAAAAGAGAAAAAAAGUCUGGAAAAUGUCUGUCGUCUUACAUUUACAACAAAAACUUUCCACUUGUGAACAGGAUGCUGAGAACAACAUUGGGCUCUGGUCUAGGAACAGUUUAACCUCCUCGCAUACUAACCUUAAAGCAGAAAUGCUGGGUUCUGAAUGAUAUCUGGACCAUUAUGUCAAGGUGGAAACAUUUGCAGUCCAACUCAAAAGGCUGACCUGUCGUAUGUGUCGAUGUCUGUUCAUGUUUUUAAAAAAAACACACCCAGUAUUCAUCCCGUAACGACAGUUUCACCGCUACCAGACUGUGAGUUUGAUUUCCGGGUGAAUCGUGCCAAACUUUGACCCACAACCAGCACUGAGCAAUUCAGCCUUCCUCCAAACAAGGCUACGUGUCCGUUAAGCAAUGCACUGUGGGACCCCAGGGUACAUGGGUGUGAUGGUCUUCCACAAAUCCCUUUUGUUGUUUUUUUUUGUUUUUGUAAAAAUGUAAUUUGGCACUUUAUCUAACACCCCUGUUUCAUAUGUGUACAUAAUAAACAUGUAUUUUAAUCUGCUGAUGUCAUAUAAUAAAUAUGAUCAAUGAA